AUUUGCCUGAGUGGCAGGGGAACCGGAAGUGGGGGAGCUGCUGCUGGUGCUGGGGCCGGAGGAGGGACGCGCCGGAGCGGGACCGACGGGACCGAGCGAGCGACAGACGCGCUACCCGCCGACGCCUCAGUCGCUUGGGGCCCGCACGGACCCUCUACUUCAGUGUAGAAUGAGCCAAGGAGACUCAAACCCAGCAGCUAUUCCGCAUGCAGCAGAAGAUAUUCAAGGAGAUGACCGAUGGAUGUCUCAGCACAACAGAUUUGUUUUGGACUGUAAAGACAAAGAGCCUGAUGUACUGUUUGUGGGAGACUCCAUGGUGCAGUUAAUGCAGCAAUAUGAGAUAUGGCGAGAGCUUUUUUCCCCACUUCAUGCACUGAAUUUUGGAAUUGGGGGAGAUACAACAAGACAUGUUUUGUGGAGACUAAAGAAUGGAGAACUGGAGAAUAUUAAGCCUAAGGUCAUUGUUGUCUGGGUAGGAACAAAUAACCACGAAAAUACAGCAGAAGAAGUAGCAGGUGGGAUCGAGGCCAUUGUACAACUUAUCAACACAAGGCAGCCACAGGCCAAAAUCAUUGUACUGUAGAAACGGGGUUUCACCAUAUUGGCCAGGCUGGUCUUGAACUCCUGACCUCAUUCGUGAUCUGCCCGCCUCAGCCUCCCAAAGUGCUGGGAUUAUAGGUGUGAGCCACCUCGCCAGACCAGGUCAUGUAGGAAUUCAUAUGCUCUUGGGAUGUUUGGAUUUUAUCCACAGUUGCUAGGGGGCCAGAUCUUUUUUAUUACAAGGCAUUUCAUUUACUUGUUGAGGUACUUAUUUAUACCUGCCUUAUUCCAGAAAGGAUUGUGUUAAGAGUCCACCUGUUAAGUACAGUGACUAGUACAUAGUAUUUGCUUAGGAAAUAUUUGUUGUAUGAAUGUUGCUGAGUAAGCCUUCCAUAUUCUUUGUUUUUAAAUUGGGUAUACAAAAGUGUUAAUUAUGGUGUUGUCCAUAAUACUAAAACAUUGGAAAUAACCUAGAUAGUAGUAUCAUGGAAAUGAUUACAUAAGUCAUUGAAUAUGAUAGCAGUAAUCACAUUACAAUUACGAGGGCUGUGUGCAAACAGACUUUAUGGUGUAUUUAAGUGAAAAUGUGUAUAUUAUAUUUAGAAUUGCUUGGCUGGGCAUGGUAGCUCAUGCCUAAUCCUAGUAUAUAUGCAAUUGGAAAAGGGCUACAAGGAGACAAAAUUAAAACAGUUAUUCCAGGGUGAAUGGCUCUGAUUCAUCAAGACAGCAUUCAUUCCACCUCUUUUUCUCAUAGUAUAUUAUGGUGUAGGUUCCAUGUGGCAUUAAUAGAUGAUGUGUAUCUAUGAGCUUGAUUAUUCUGACAGCCAAAUGGAGAAUGGAUUAAAGGGUAGACAACGUUGGAGGUGGGAAGACCAAUCAGGAGAUUUUAUAGUAAUUAAGAUGAUUGGAGAUAAGUUCCUGAGCUAUAGCAGUGCAUAUAAUCAGGAUGGAGAAAAGAAAAUGACAUUUAGGAUGCAAAAGUUGAGUAAUUUAAUGAUAAAUACAUAAGAUAUAUGGGAUGAGAGACUUGCAGAUGUUGGAAUGACCAGUUGAUAAAGAGGAAGAGCAUAGUUUAAUGAAUUGCUUUUGGAUCAGUUGGGAGUGCCUUGGGAACAUUUAAAUUUGUUUCUGUAGCUAGAAGUUUAAUACGUAAUUCUGAAGCUCUAGGAAGAGAUCUGGCUAAAGUAUUUAGAGCAGUGGGCCAAAGGACAGGUCCUUGAAGAAUACCAACAGUUAAGGGACAGGAGGAAGGGAACCCAUGAAAAAACUAAGAAGAAAUGGUUAGCUUUCAUUCAAAACAGUAUUUUCCAAUGUUUCACAAAUCAAAGGUGUAGAAAGUGCCAAAUGGAGAUGUUCCAGGAAUGUCUGAAGUUAUAAAUAAUAAGUAGAGAAAAAUAAGUGAAUCUUCUAAUUUAUUGUUUUCCACUGUGCCCCAGGGUUUGUUACCUCGAGGUGAGAAACCCAAUCCUUUGAGGCAAAAGAACGCCAAGGUGAACCAACUCCUCAAGGUUUCGCUGCCGAAGCUUGCCAACGUGCAGCUCCUGGAUACCGACGGGGGUUUUGUGCACUCGGACGGUGCCAUCUCCUGCCACGACAUGUUUGAUUUUCUGCAUCUGACAGGAGGGGGCUAUGCAAAGAUCUGCAAACCCCUGCAUGAACUGAUCAUGCAGUUGUUGGAGGAAACACCUGAGGAGAAACAAACCACCAUUGCCUGACUGGCUCCCAUCAGUGUUAAUAGCAUCUCAGCUUCCUCAGAUCAGUUCUAUCACUGGCACUACAGAAUCCUUCUCUUUCUUAAGGCACUUUGCAUUGUAGAAUGUUCCUGGAUGUUCAUAUCUAGUGUUUGAAGGGGAGGAGGGAUUUAAACUGGUCCUGUACAUAGAAGGUUUGUUUGACAGAGGAGAAAAAUUAGCCAAGGAAGAUUGUUGUUUAAAUUCAUUUGAAACCAGAAGGGGACUUUUUAGUUGUAUGUGUAACACAUUCAUUGAAUUAUCACUGUUUUCUUAGGACAACAUCAAGCCUAAAUACUGAACAAUAUGAAGAUUCUUUUCUUGGCCUUUCUGUGGAUUAUGUCAUAUAUAAUAAUUAUCAGAAUCAUCCUACUUGGCUUUAAAACAUGUUUUCUCCAAUUUUUUAAGGUUCAUAAUUUAGCGUUUUGUUUUUAUGUUGCUUAGAUUCUUAUUAUACUGAAUAUUUUCUUAACAUGUAGCAUCAGGUUGAACAUGCUUGUCAUUCAUAUAUGGAAGAUGCUAUAGUUAGAAGUGAAUUUGUUAUGCUUUCUUAAUCUUUUCCAUGCUUAGCAGUGAAAAACAGGUUUUGCCCCAGUAGAGGGACUCUUUGGAGGGUAUUAUUUUUAUGCUGCUGAAUAUCAUGUCUAUAAUAGACCCGUGCAUGCAGCCUUUCCUCCUUAUUCCCCUUCAUGCCCCCCUUUCCCCUUCAUUCCCCCCCCCUUUUUUUUUUUGGUCCUUGUUGACAUUACAAGCUUUUAACACAUUUUUGACCUAGGAGCCCUGUUGCUGGAAGUAUAGUCUCCAGCCAGUUACUCUCAUGAUAGUACUGCUGUAAAACUCAUUCUUGUGUGGUGUUCUGUGCUAUAGAGUCUGUGUAUUGCUAUUCAUAUUCAGAGUUCUGGUUUUGUUUUUCCCUUAAAACCUGUUAACAGUUUUUUUGGGGGAUGGGGGGAAUCGGAACUCGUUUCCCAUUCCAUAGCACCUGACAUUAUUUCAAGUUUUAUAAUAUCUUAAGGUGUAUAUUUUAUUUUAUUUUUUAUUGGCUUAGUUGUUUUUUGUUUUGUUUUGUUUGAGAUGGAGUUUCACUCUUAUUGCCCAGGCUGGGGUGCAAUGGUGUGAUCUUGGCUCACUGCAGCCUCCACCUCCCGGGUUCAAAUGAUUCUCCUGCCUCAGCUUCCUGAGUAGCUGGGAUUACAGGUGUAUGCCACCAUGCCCGGCUAAUUUUUAUAUUUUUAGUAGAGACGGGAUUUCGCCAUGUUGACCAGGCUGGUCUCGAACUCCUGACCUCAGGUGAUCUGCCCGCCUUGGCCUCCCAAAGUGCUGGGAUUACAGGCAUAAGCCACCGUGCCUGGCCUUAUUGGCUUAGUUUUUAAAUUAUCAUCCAAAAAUUUUGGGACUUUUUCCAUGGGGAAAAAAGUGAAGUUGCUCUUCAGCAUAGACACUACCUUUAUCCCAUCAUUUUAGUAAAAACUAGGUUUGUUUCACUUCUGAGGUGUCUUAUUAAUGUACUUCAUCUGAUAAUUUGUUGAUCUUAAUGUUUGAGCUAUAUAAGAACUGCCAUUAAAAAAAUGGGAUAAUAGAUGGCUUUAUCAGUAUACCUAUAGAAUAUGUACAAACUGGAUCUAUAGAUAUUUUGAACUGGACCAGGUGGGUGUUGAAAUAACCCAUCAAAAUACGCUCUGCAGUGAUUCUGCUUAAUGUUUAAAUUCAGUAACAUACUUGAAAGGCAAAUUUCAGUGCUUUUGUAUGUUGGAGGAGGGCUUACUGAUUCGUGCUAAGACCAAUUUCUGAUUGAGGGAUAAACCUUGGGCUCAUUUUUUUCUUGUGAAGUCUCUUUCUAGAAAAUUUUUUGGUUUUGUUCUUUUUUAAAAACACAUACGUUUUUGAAUGUAUCAUGUCUUCAACAACAGAAAAUCCACAUGGUGUUUACUAAACUUGUUUACGAUAUUAAAAAUUUCCCUUUUAUUUUUAGUAGCCCAAGUUGAGUUUUUCACAAGAGAUUUUUUUCUUAGCUAAGGUAUAGUUGUAUAGCAAGAAGAAUUAAGCCAGAUUUUUGUGUGUGGAAAGACAGUUUUCUAUCCAGGUCUUUUUCUGUUUGUCAGAAGGUAGGAGUAUGGUCCAAAUAAAUCCAUUAGGUUACUCCUGCAGCAUGCGCUUUUAGCUUCUCUGUUGACUGAGGAUCAAAUAUCCCUUUGUGAGCUGGCCCUCAGCUCCUUUGCUCAUGUGUACAAACCUCAGAUGUUACUACAUUUUAUAUCUACCGGAGCUAUUCAAGCAAUAGUAUUUGAACCACUAGCCUUUUAAAUAAAAUUCUGCCCCAUUACUGAUGUGCAGAUACUGAGUUCACUUUCAUUUUUUGCCAGAUUUCUUUGCACUACUUUAGGUAAAAAUAGUUAAUCUAUUUUUCUUUGACAUCCUAGUUCGCGUCAGUGACAGAACUUACUGCUUAGUCUUUGUACUUUUAAAAAAAAUCUAUAAAUUUAAUGCACUGUCCAAGUGAAAUGUCCUAGUUGUCAUUGUGAUUAAGGGGCCAACUUUCCAGGCAGCUAGCAGAGAUACUGUUCUCUUCCUCUCCCAGCAAAUUUGUAUUCCUUCGCCCACGCAUUCCUGCUAUACUAGAUGGCAGCCAGUGAUGGAACUAUAAAGAUGUCUGUGGUCAUAUCUCGAAUGUGGCAGCUUGAAGAUGUACUGCCAAGGGUGAUCUAGGGCAGGUUGUCUUCCAGUCCAUGUAUUCUCGGUUGCCGUAGACAGUGCUCUGGCUACCACCGUGAGUCUACUUGAACUGUCAAGGGCAUCUGCCUAAACCAGAAUCUUUUGUCAGAAACCUUAACCCAACAAAACAAAUCUUGAGUAGCUCAUGCCCGGCUCUUAGGAACUUUGUCUCUUUGUUAAAAAAAAAAAAAGUCCAACUUACUUUAUUUUAUUUUUUUAACCUAGUAACUGUUUACAAUUGUAUGCUAAAGCCUGAAAUAUUGUCUGUGCUGUGGUGUAUGAGCAUUGCCAACUUUAUAUUUAUUGCAGUGAAGAAGAAACUAAAAAUAUAUGAAAACAAGGAGCAUGUCCAAGCUCCUAAAUCCGUGUGGGUGCAUGUGGGAGAAGUGAGUUGGGGCCUCUUGAAAGGAGGCUUUUUGGAGAGGGGUCCCCCAGGUUUCUUGGUGUUCCUGCUUGGGGAUCACUGCUGCUAGCUGACUGGACCUCCCCAUUGGAAGUUUGUGAUUUUGCUUUGGCAAAGUUUCAUUGACUAGUAGAACUCAUUCUGUUUUAGUGUAUAUUUCAAUAUAAAUGUAAACAUUUUGCUCAAA